CUCCUCCUUCCCACAAUGCUUCAUUCAAGAUGGAGGAGGGAGAUAAAGAUCUGCAAGCCACUGAUAAUUCUGGAUGUCUUGGCGGUGUUGACGUUCGUAGGCGAAUCCCCAUCAAACUGAUUUCCAAACAGUCUAACCGAAAUCGAAUCUCAGCUCGAAGUCAGAGAAAUAUGAACAGGAAUUCUUCAAAGUCAGUCCCCACGGAUGAAGAAGGCUUUGACUAUAAUGAAGAUGAGAUCUAUGAAUGUAAGGGUGGAGAAGUGUUUGGGAACCAGCGCAGAUUCUCUCUGCAGUUUUUCUGGGAUUUUAAGGUAAAUUUGUUGGGUGAAAAAGAUGACACCCCAGUUCAUUUCUGUGAUAAAUGUGGAUUGCCAAUCAAGAUAUAUGGGCGAAUGAUUCCAUGUAAACAUGUUUUUUGUUUCAACUGUGCAAGUUUGCAAGAGAGAAAGGGGGACCGGAUAUGUCCUGGGUGUAAUGACCCAGUCCAGCGCAUUGAGCAGUGCUUAAGGGGGUCACUGUUCAUGUGUAGUAUUGUCCAAGGCUGCAAACGGACAUAUCUUUCUCAAAGAGACUUGCAAGCUCACAUUAACCAUAGACACAUGAGAACUAACAAAGCCGUCAUUAGGCCCCAGCCAGAGCAGCUGCACAACGCCAUGACUCCUGCGGCCGAGAUUACAGAACGUUUCCUGAUGCCACAAGAUAAGCAUCACCUGCCUCACCUUCCACCCAAGCAGCAUGCCAUCAUGAUGCCACCACCUCCUCUGCAGCACGUGUCACAUGAUCAUUACAGCCAGACGCAUGAGGACAUCCGCCCACCGCCCUCUGAGAUGGCUCUUGCUCCACCACCACGGUCCGUGAACCAGGAGACCUUCCGAAUCUCAACAGUGACCACAAGGAAGCACAGCAACCUGAUCACCGUUCCUAUACAGGAUGAUUCUUCCAGUUCAGGCAGUCGAGAGCCCCCGCCUGCAACCCCUCACCACCAUCCUGAGUACCAGAACAAUCCUGUGGUACCUCACCCACACCACAUGUUGCCUCCACAGCAGCACUAUGCUCCGCCGCCUCCCCCUCCUCCACCCAUCAGCCACCCCAUGCAGCACCCGGCACAGACAGCCGGCAACCCACACAUGGUCUACAAUCAGGCACCACCCCCACCACUGUCAGCAGCUCCCCCCCCAAUCAACCCCCCACCAGGGCACAUCUUGGCUCAAAUGCCACCAUAUAUGAACCAUCCUCCCCAUGGGCCACCUCCACAGCAUACGGGACCCCCCGUGAAUACUCCUCCUCCCCAUCAUUACUCUGCUUCCUCAAUGCCUCAGUACACAGAAGACCAAGGAACUCUCAGUCCUCCAUUCUCCCAACCUGGAGGGCACAGCCCUGGUAUUGGUGUUUGGCCUGCUCCCCGAGGUCCACCUCCACCAAGGAUUCAAGUUCCACCGCCACAGGCUCCAUUACCUGCACCACAUCACCCUGACCAGGCGCGGUACAGACCGUACUAUCAGUAAGCUCUUCACUGUCCAAUGGUCUAACAUUGGUUCCAUAUCUCUUUAUAUUAGAAGGGAGCAUGCAGUAAAGGAGUUACAGUGUAAAGGGUUAAGAAGAGAGGCUCUGCAUCUCAACUUGUGUCAAGCCCAUGGGGAUUCGUGUUUUGCCAUCCAUGGAGUAUUUUUCAGACUAUGUACAACUACAUUUUCAAUCGUGCACAAAGUUGUCCUGUAACAAUCAGUACUUGGGUGAAGAAAUGAGGAAUGAGUAGCUGAAAAUUCCGCUUUAUUUCAUUUUGGAGUGUUGUUUACUUUUCUUAACAUCCAUUCUUUGACACCACUGUAAAAUAUACUGUAUAUACAAAUAUACUUCUAAGCAUUUUAUGUUGUUUUAAGAUGAACAUACACAUAAAGCCUUAAGCUGACAAUGUGUAGGGUUCAAUGCCAGAUCAUAGAAUGGAGAUAUUUUUAUUAAUUUCUGUGUAUAAAUUCACAUGCAUUUGAAUAUUAAAUCCAAACUAAGUGAUUGCCAGCAACUUUUAAUGAGUUUGCAUUCUCUGUAAUAUGUUGUUGAUUGCUUUGCCUCAGGUCUUCUCACCCCAGCUGAAUAUUGUUUUAUUAUUGAAAACACCUUUUACUGACAGGAAAAGAAAGAAAAAUAAACUUCAAAGUGAGUUUUAA